AUGCUAGUGCAACACUUGUGGACUCUCGCGGCGUUUGCGCAGCUAGGUUUGGCGCACUCGAAGCCUAAAACAGAAGAGCAAUUGUUGAAUAAUGAUUUCUCUCUGCCGGAUCUGAUCCAGACAAAAAAGCUACCGGACGCGUGGGUUCCUGGCGAAAAUGCGGUUCUGGAAGAGGGCAGAGUGGUACUCACCCCCAAGAAAUCAUCUAAGGGCUCAUUAUGGACCAAAAAUGCUUAUACUCUGGGGACUUCCUUUACAGCAGAGUGGACCGUGAGAAGCACUAACCACAGAGGCAAGUCGCCAGGUGGUCUGGCUUUGUGGUUCGUGAACGCCAACAGCCCACAGGAUACGGAGCUGUUCAAUGGUCCCUCUAAAUUUGAAGGUCUACAGCUCUUAAUUGACAAUAACGGGGAGUUAGAAAGCACUCUUCGUGGCCAACUGAACGAUGGAACUCAACAAUUUACCAGUGCAAAUAUCUACGACAAGACCUUCGGCUCGUGUUUGCUUGCCUACCAGGACUCGACGGUUCCUCUCACCGUAAGACUAACAUAUGAUUCCGCAAACGAACAUUUCUUUAAAGUUCAAGUUGACAACAGGGUCUGCUUUCAAACCAAGAAAAUCCACUUUCCAGCUGAAAAUUACAAAUUUGGUAUCACUGCGACAAAUGCAGACAACGAAGAAUCUUUUGAGUUGCUUCAACUCGAGGUUUUCGAUGGAGUUUUGGAAGAAGCUCUGAAACCAAAUGCCAACGCCAUGGAACAACCUAAGCUCUUUACAAAGCUUGUAAACGAAAAAACUGGAGACGAAGAGCUAAGAGAGACUUCUCCGUUAGAAAUGGCUGCCGCUGGAACCGCCAUCACCAACAAUGAUUUACUCAAGAAGAUGAAUAGAUUAGAGGGUAAAAUAUUGGCAAAUGAUAUCGGUAUUUUAGCAAGUACUAUUGACGAGCUUAUCCAGGUUCAGAAGCAACAAGCCAAAAACCUUGAGAAAGUGCUUGCCAUGCUGGGCUCUAAAUCAAUAGGGCAAGAAAGCACGGACAGUACCGGAGACGAGUCAUUCAAAGACUUCUUUAAGCUGGACGAAAAGCUUGAAAAGUUGCUCACGGAGCAGCGUAAGCUCAGAGAAGCUUCAAAAACUCAUACAUCCUCUAACGGGGGACCUCAUAUUGAUGAGGUUGUCCGGAAGCUCACAAUUUGGCUAAUUCCCCUGGUUGCCGUGAUGAUGGUGAUGGCUUACUACACCUUCAGAAUCCGUCAAGAAAUUGUCAAGACAAAACUUUUAUGA